AUGCAAGGACUUAAAGACAGACUGGAAAACCUGGAGCAACAGCAGAUGAGGGCCAACAUUUCGGGCGCCUCCUUCCCGAGCGAGCUGCGGGACCUGUUGCAGCGGCGCUUGGGAGAACUGGAGAAACAGCUGCUGAAGAAAGUGAGCAGUCUGGAGCAGGAGAAGAGUAUGCUGUCUAACGCCACAGCCGCAUACAGGGAGAAGACCGAGACCACCCUCAACUCCCUGGUGGAGAGGAUCAACGAGCUGGAGAAAGGAGGCGGUGACUUCAAAUCCCCAGAGCAGUUUAAAUUAUCCCUACCCCAGCGCACCAACUACCUUUACGGACGCAUCACCAAAAGCCUGCCUGAGAUGUACGCCUUCACUCUGUGCAUGUGGAUCAAGUCCAACGCCAGUCCGGGCAUCGGCACACCCUUCUCCUAUGGUGUGCCUGGGCAGGCCAACGAGAUAGUGCUGAUCGAGUGGGGCAACAACCCCAUAGAGCUGCUGAUCAAUGACAAGGUUGCCCAGUUGCCCAUAGAGGUACGGGAUGGAAAGUGGCACCACAUCUGUGUCUCUUGGACCACGCGGGACGGCCAGUGGGAUGCUUACCAGGACGGGGAGAAGCUCGGGACUGGGGACAACCUGGCAGCCUGGCACCCCAUCAAACCUGGAGGAGUCAUUAUUCUGGGACAAGAACAGGAUGUGGUGGGGGGCCGCUUCGACGCCGGCCAGGCCUUUGUGGGGGAGCUGAGUCAAGUCAACAUCUGGGAUCGUGUCCUCAAGCCCACCGAGGUCCAGUCCAUGGCCAACUGCAGCACCUACCUCCCGGGGAACAUCAUCUCAUGGUUGGCCAACAAUGUGGAGGUGUUUGGGAGGGGUGCGUUCAAGAGGCCUGUGGAGGGCUGUCAGGAGAGACUUCCCAAAGCUUAA